AUGACCGGCGAGGCCUUUCUAAAACCCGCUCUUCGGACUUUCGGCGUAUUCAGUCAACCGCCCUAUACCAGCGAUCCUUAUGUGGACCCCGAUCCAUAUGGAAUUAGGGGGAGACCACGUCGUGGUCUACGACCUAUGUACUGCGCCGGUGGUCAUUCAAAGUCCAGGGCUGCAAACUCUGAUGGCUACUUUGAGUCCUUCAAACGGGCAUUUGAAGGCGAAGCUUUCAACGAUGAAGUCGCUCUCCACCGUUCCUGGAGGCGGUUAAAUGAGGCAAGGCGUCUCGGAAAAGAGUGGGUGCCUUCGUCUACGAGCAAGAAGCGCUGUGGGGUGGGCAGUCCUUAUGGCAACUUCACUACCGUCAUACCGGCCAUGGGGACAGAGCAGAUAAAAAUUACGAAGGCACCAGAACUGCACAACUUCUAUACGAAUCCAGGGAAAAAGGGGACUGGAUAUGGGUACCCCAACGUGGCAAUUAACCCGCUCCCAGAAUGGAAACCUGGUGAUGGAAUUCAUUCAGAUUUGAAUGCAAUAUCCGUGAAGGAGUUGAACGAAAGACAUCAGGAGAAGUGUUUAGGAAGGGGCAUAUUUGUGAGUCAGCAACCAAGUGGUAGAGCCUUCGGUCCCAAUCCAUACGAAGGUGGGGAUCCGUUAGCCCCUGGUGGAGCACCCAUACAAAAAUUCGGGGUGGCUUGUUUCCCCAAGGAAUUGAUAACUGGACCGAUUUUCUAUCCACAGAAUCCAGGCAAGCUAGAUGGCGGAUGUAAGGCAGGAACGUUGAAUAAGUGGCCAGCGCAUGUGAGUGAGCCGUACAAGGAGAUGUCAAAGAUUUUGCAGGAGCAGUCCAUUUUCAAACAAUCGGAAAAAGGUACCAAAGUGUGGAUGCCGACCUCUGGAACAGCGAUUGAAAAGCCCUCCAUGUCGGUGGUGAAUAAGAAUGUCGAUUUAGCAAUUAAUGCAGUAUCGAGAAAGAAGAAGGCGUUUGUCACUCCAUGUUGUGAGAAAUGA